CUCCUCAGUCCGAUCAGCAUCGUCUCCCGUCGGUCCUUAAUCGCCUCUCGUCGGCCCGUAAUCGCCUCCCGUCGGCUCGACAUCGUCCCCCGCCGGCUUGGCAUCGUCUCCCGUCGGCCCGUAAUCGACCCCGUAGGUUCGGCAUCGUCUCCCGUCGGCUCGGCACCGUCCCCCGUCGGCUCGGCAUCGUCUCCCGUCGGCCCGUAAUCGCCUCCCGUCGGCUCGGCAUCGUCCCCCGUCGGCUCGGCAUCGCCUCCCUUCGGCUCGGCAUCGGCUCCCGUUGGCUCAGCUUCGUCUCCCGUCGGCCCGUGAUCGUCUCCCGUCGGCCCGCAAUCGGCCCUGUCCAUCGGCAUCGUCGCUCUCACUCUCACAGACGUCAUGUUUAUAAGACUGAUCCCGGUGUUCCUCGUAGCGGUUGCCAUGACACCGAUGGUUGUCAUGGUUGCCGGUCAGACACCUACAGAACAAGAACUACAAGAGGCAUUCAACCAGGCAAAGGCAGAAAUAGAGCUUGAAGUUGCCAGUCAUGUAGAUCAAAUACCCGAGGAGAGCCCGUACUCCGGAGCGCUGGGGGCCCUGGCGUUGGAACACCGUUCCACUCCGAUGGCCAUUGAGCUCAGCAAAUGUGCUACCGUCUUGGAGAAGAUGGCAAAACACUUCAUGGACAGUUCCAGACGUACAAGCUACACAGUGGCCAUGCUGUCCGCCUGCAACUCCCACAUCGUGACGAGUGUUUGUGACGACACAUCCAUGAAGCCGAUCACGUGCCCCGCACCGGCAGUCCCAGAGUUCCGUUCGGCAGACGGCCGUUGCAACAACCGGAACCACCCCCUGUGGGGGAGUACCGAGCAGCCGCUCAGAAGGCUGCUGGAUCCUGUCUACGAUGACGACUUAAUGAUCACCCGCACCGCCGGGCGUGACGGCACCCCCCUCCCCAGCGCCCGGCUGGUCAGCACAACGGUACACGAGGACCUGCGGAAGUCCAGCCCGGUCAACACGCACAUGGUCAUGCAGUUCGGACAGUUCCUGGACCACGACAUCACUCUCACACCAAACUUCGCGGAAGGGGAAGAAGGUCUGAGAUGCCCCUGUGACUCCACGGACGAACGUUGUUUCAACAUCCCCGUCCCCUCCGAUGACCCUGACUUCAGCACUCCCUGCCUGGAGUUCGCCCGCUCCCGCUCCUGUCCGAACGAAGGGUGCCGCAUGGGCCGGCGGCAGCAGCUCAACCAGCUCACCGCCUUCGUGGACGCCUCCAACGUCUACGGAUCCUCGGAGGAAGAGAUGGAGGCUCUGAGAGAAAGGAACGAACCCAGAGGUGCCCAGAAGAAAACAACCUUCCCCUCUCCACGCAGCACCAGUAACUACGCCAGACUGGGGACGUCAUUGUCUCAGGAUUUAACCAGCUUCACUCUCUGUCUGCACAUGCGCACCGACAUGAGCUCCAGCAGUGAUGCAGGUUUGGUCAGCUACGCUGUGACACAGCAUAACAACGAGCUGCUCGUCUUCAAUAAAGGAGGGAUCGGUUUUAGGUUGUACUGGUCAGUUGGAGAUACAGACUUUUCUUUUAGUAGUCAUCAUAUACCAAUGUCCUCGGAUGAAAAGGGCGUCCAUGUCAUCGAGAUAUGUGUUUUCCAGCUGUUUGUACAAGGUGCGAAUGUUAACAUGGGUGGCCUACCUGUGUGGGAUGGCGCGCGGCACGCCGUAUGUGUCACCUGGCGCAGCAGUGACGGCGCUUGGCAGGUGUACGCUGACGGCGCGCGGAGGAAUAGCGGCUCGGGGCUCCGCGUCGGAGGAAGAGUGCGCAGCGGCGGCACAUUCAUCCUGGCACAGGACCAGGACACGGUUGGGGGAGGGUUCGCCGCCAAUCAGGCCUUCAGCGGAGAACUGUCACAGGUGAACCUCUGGGACCGCGUGCUGACUGCAGCUGAGGUCGGGUCGGACUGGUCGGCAUUCUGUAAUCACCAUGGCAACGUGAUUGACUGGGCAACCGCUAACAUCCAGGUUUCGGGACAGGCCACCACUGAUCAGUACAGUUGUCAAGUCACCUCGCCACCCGGGUCUGGUGUCAACCUCGCCUUGAGUCGACCCACGGCGCAGUCGAGUACUGGAUUUGGGGGAUCGGCUGGACGGGCGGUAGACGCCAACACUGACGGGAACUUCCACAGUGGCUCCUGCACCCACACAAACCAGGAAAGGAACCCCUGGUGGCGUGUGGACCUGGGCACGGCACAAGCCAUCGGCAACGUCGUCGUCUUCAACCGGAAAGACUGCUGCUCAGACCGACUGAACAACUUCCAGGUUCACGUGGGGAACUCUCCUACGGUGGCGUCCAACCCGCAGUGUGGCGGGAACAACGCGGUGACAGGAGGGAGCCGGCCGGACAUCACAGUAGACUGUGGCGGUCUCAGGGGCCGAUAUGUCGGGAUCCUACUUCCCAGCACCGAAGCCCUCACCCUAUGCGAGGUGCAGGUGUAUGCAGCGCCUCCACCUCCUCAAGUCCCAGCACGUGCCCGCGGCCUGCUGAAGUCCAGACCCAAUCCUGCAGACGCUAACAAGAAGGAGCUCCUGCCCAGCAACACGGAGGAAAUGGACUUCCUGUGUGAGGAAUCUACCGGGAACCAGACGUGCUCGGCCGCCGGGGACAUCCGUGUGAACGAGCAGCCGGGGCUGACCUCCAUGCACACCGCCUUCUUGCGCGAACACAACCGGAUCGCCAGGGGGCUCUCCCGGAUCAACCCGAACUGGGAUGACGAUCGGGUGUUCUACGAGACCAGGAAGAUCGUGGGCGCGCUGAUGCAGAAGAUCACGUACGGGGAGGACCUUCCGCACGUUCUGGGGCCCGCCGCCAUGACCAGGUUCCACCUGACCCUCACCCAGAGCGGGUUCUUCUCUGGGUACGACCCGAAUGUGAACCCCACCAUCUCUAACGUCUUCGCCACGGCUGCCUACCGAUUCGGCCAUAGUCUUGUUAAUAACUUUUUCAACCGCUUUGAUCCAGACUUUACCCAGGGCAGUACAUGCCCGAUUCAGCUGGCCUUUGCUUUCUUCAACCCGUCCCACAUCUUCGACAACGCCCAAGGCGGGCCGGACUCCAUCCUGCGCGGCCUGACGGCCCAGCCGCAUCAGGACUUUGACCGGUUCAUGGUGUCGGGCCUGACCAAGCGCCUGUUCGCGGAUCCUCCCGGGUCGGACAGAGGCCUGGACCUGGCGGCGCUGAACAUCCAGCGGGGCAGAGACCACGGGCUGCCCGGCUACAACGCCUGGCGGGUGCGGUGCGGGCUGCCCAAGGCUAACAGCUUCGACGAACUGGCGUUUGAAAUCCCGGACUGCUUCACGCGGAGGAGGCUAGAGAACCUGUACAGGCACGUGGACGACAUCGACGUGUUCGUGGGGGGUCUUGCCGAGGAGUCCGUGUCGGGCGGUGUCGUCGGUCCAACCUUCGCCUGUCUGAUCGGCAUGCAGUUCCGGGACCUCCGCAAGGGGGACCGCUUCUGGUUCGAGAACCCCGGACAGUUUACAGCAGCCCAACUAGCGGAGAUCAGGAAGGCCAGCCUGGCCCGAAUCCUGUGCGACAACACGGACGGCACGACCCAGAUGCAGCCGGACGUCUUCCGCCAGCCCACGCAGUCUGGGAACGGGAACGGGAACGGGAGGGUGGCCUGCUCGUCUCUGCCCCAGAUGGACCUCACCAAGUGGCAGGAGUAGGGGUGUGUGUCUCCAAUGGAUAUCAGCCGGUUCAGUAAUUGUCACAAACUUUUCUGUAGUUAACAAAGCUAUAACAGGAGUCUUGUCUUAAUUCAUAGCAUCAUUCCAGUCAUUACUUAUGGAGACAGGCGACAAUGACUGAUUGAUCAGCGUGUCUGUACUACAGAUACAGAACAGAUAAAGUAGAUGAUACAAUCUAUAUUUUAUUCAGCUACAGGAUUACACUUUUCAUUUCACUCCACGGAAUGUAUUAGGAAAAUGACGGAGUAGCUAGAUGAUUCUAAUUGGUGAGGAUAGCUUUGCAUUGCAAGUAGGACCCGGUAUGAUGAUAGAAAUAGUUGAGGAAUAUUUUUGCAUGAAAGUAACAAAUCAGUAAAUCCUAAUAGUGAGCACCUGUUUAUAGAGUUUGGAUGAAUAGUAUUGUUUGAAAUAUCGAUCAUGUAUUCAGACCAAGAUGAGAAAGCCGAGUUGAAAUUGUUGUGAACUUUAAACAGGCCAAGAUGAUGAUAGAACAGUUUGUAAUUUUAGAAUUUUAAGGUAUUAAAAUUAUGGCUGAUAAGACAAGUAGAAGUCAAUUUUCUGGCCAAAUUUGUUUGUAUUGCAUACCCGGUAAACCAACUUAUGGCGUAACCAAGGUAAUCGAUCCAUUCCUAUACAAGUUGACGGACCCGAACUCGUUUCGACAAAUGUGAUGGGCUCUUUUACUUACUCGGUCAUGAGGACCUGAUAUGAUGAUAAAAAUAGUUGAGUAAUAUUUUUGCAUGAAAGAAGUAAUAAUAAUAUUGUAUGGGUAAAUCCUAAUAGUGAGCACCUGUUUAUAAAGUUUGGAUGGAUAACAUUGUUUGAAAUGAAAUGAUCAUGUAGGCAGACCAAUGGUAAAGCCGAGUUGAAAUUGUUGUGAACUUUAAACAGGCCAAGAUGAUGAUAGAGUAGUUCUGUACAAUUAGCGAUUUAAGAAUGUGCUAUCUUACUACAUCUACAAAGUCUAAUGCAUACUAGUGUGUACUGGUUCAACUUCUUCUCGCUUCCGAAUAAAGUAAAAAACGGAUUAA